GAGAAAUAAACAAACAAACCUCAGCUUUCAUAGAUUUCCUGUGAUUCUUUCCUUCGUGUUCAUCCGUUUUUUUAAAAAAACCUAAGUUUGUAACCUUAAUAACCCUAAUUUAAAUUCAAAUUAAUUUGUUUUUCAUCCAUAAGUUUGUGUACUGGUUGAUGCUUGGUUGCAAAAUAGAAUGAUUUUUUCCAGAUUAGGAAGAUCAGUGCCUCGUUCUGCACGAUAUAUCCAGAGAAAUGGAUUAUUAGGUGGGAAUGGUGGAAGGUCUAUUAAUGAAGGGCUUUUGCAAUCGGUUAAUGGGAACGUUGCAGGGGAAGUUGUUGGAUUGGGGUUUGUAAGGGGUUAUAUGACUUCUAUUGGUGGUGGUAGUAAAGAAAUUCUGUCCAAAAAUUACUUAUCAAAAUUUAACUUUGCUCUUGCAAACCCUAAAUUACAUCGGUUUUUCUCUAGUGGAGCCCCCAAAAAGAAUUACGAGAACUAUUACCCCAAGGAGAAAAAAGAAAUUCCCAAAGGAAAUUCCCAAAAGACAGAAUCCAACUCCAAGAGUGAGGAAGCGCACACCGGUGAGGAGGGGGAUAGCUUCCUAAAGCAUUUUCAGAACUUCCUUACUCCUUUGAUAUUUUUGGGAUUGGUUCUUUCGUCUUUCAAUUUCGGUUCCAGUGACCAGAAGCAGAUUAACUUCCAAGAGUUUAAAAACAAACUUCUCGAACCUGGAUUAGUUGAUCAUAUUGUUGUCUCCAACAAAUCAGUUGCUAAAGUUUUUGUCAGGAGUGCACCACGCAUUCAAACCAACGAUGAAGUUAAAGAGGGAACUAUUGAUGGUACUACUGCUAGAGGAAAUGGGGCCCAGUAUAAAUACUAUUUUAACAUUGGCAGUGUUGAAUCUUUUGAGGAAAAGCUGGAGGAAGCCCAGGAAGCUUUAGGUGUAGAUUCACAUGAUUUUGUUCCUGUAACUUAUGUUGCUGAGACACUCUGGCACCAAGAGCUGAUGAGGUUUGCCCCAACACUUUUGAUUCUUGGAUCUCUCUUGUAUAUGGGACGGAAAAUGCAGGGCGGCAUUGGAGGACUAGGUGGUGGAGGAGGGGGUGGUAGGGGUGGAAUAUUUAAUAUUGGAAAAGCCCAUUUCACAAAAUCGGAUAAAAAUACGAAAAACAAGAUAUAUUUCAAAGAUGUAGCUGGCUGUGAUGAAGCGAAGCAAGAAAUCAUGGAGUUCGUACAUUUUCUUAAAAACCCAAAGAAAUACGAGGAGUUGGGAGCUAAAAUACCAAAAGGUGCUCUUCUUGUGGGCCCUCCUGGAACAGGGAAGACACUGCUUGCAAAGGCAACUGCCGGGGAAUCUGGUGUACCCUUCCUUUCUAUAUCUGGCUCUGAUUUUAUGGAGAUGUUUGUUGGGGUUGGGCCAUCCAGGGUUAGGAGUUUAUUUACAGAAGCCAGAAAAUGUGCACCUAGUAUUAUAUUUAUUGACGAGAUAGACGCAAUUGGUCGGGCAAGGGGACGUGGGGGCCUAACAGGUUCCAAUGAUGAACGCGAGAGUACUCUCAAUCAAUUGCUUGUGGAAAUGGAUGGGUUUGCAACCACUGCUGGAGUUGUUGUACUUGCUGGAACUAAUAGGCCUGAUAUUUUGGAUAAAGCCUUGCUGAGGCCAGGCCGAUUUGAUCGUCAGAUUUCAAUAGACAAACCUGAUGUCAAAGGCCGUGACCAGAUUUUCCGUAUCUAUCUACAAAAGGUUAAACUUGAUCACGAGCCAUCAUACUAUUCUCAGAGACUUGCAGCAUUAACUCCUGGGUUUGCUGGAGCUGACAUUGCAAAUGUUUGCAAUGAGGCUGCCUUAAUUGCAGCAAGAAAGGAGAGUGCGCAAGUCACAAUGGAACACUUUGAUGCAGCUAUAGAUAGAAUCAUUGGUGGCUUGGAGAAGAAAAACAGGGUUAUUAGUAAGUUGGAACGAAGAACUGUUGCCUACCAUGAAUCUGGUCAUGCUGUUGCUGGAUGGUUUUUGGAGCACGCAGAGCCCUUGCUUAAAGUUACGAUUGUUCCACGUGGUACUGCAGCACUUGGGUUUGCGCAAUAUGUCCCCAGUGAAAACCUUCUAAUGACCAAAGAACAGCUCUUUGACAUGACAUGCAUGACUCUUGGUGGCCGAGCUUCUGAGCAGGUUCUGCUAGGGAAAAUCUCAACUGGUGCUCAGAAUGACUUGGAGAAGGUGACCAAAAUGACCUAUGCCCAAGUGUGCAUCUAUGGUUUCAGCGACAAGGUAGGUCUCCUUUCUUUCCCUCCAAGAGAAGAUUCUAUGGAGAUGACCAAGCCCUACAGCAGCGAAACCGGGGCUAUAAUCGACAGUGAGGUGAGAGAAUGGGUGGGGAAGGCUUACAAGCACACAAUAGAGUUAAUAGAGACCCACAAGGAGCAAGUGGCUCAGAUUGCGGAACUGCUAUUGGAGAAGGAAGUCCUUCACCAAGAGGACUUGGUUCGAGUACUUGGUGAGCGUCCGUUCAAGUCAAGUGAACCAAAUAACUACGAUAGAUUCAAGGAUGGGUUUGAGGAGGAAGAAGAUAAGAAGGCCACGGAUGAUGGGUCUUCAUCUGAACCCAUACCUGUCCCUGCCUAGAAAUAAUACAUAAAAGUCUCUCUUUGUAAUACUAGAACUUCUCUUCCAUUUUGAUCUCCUUUUUCCUGAAUUUUAUUUAAAUGAACGAAUUGUACAGGUCAACAAUAUCUCCCAGAGUUGGUGUUUCGUCUUAAAUAACAUCUGCUUGGGAGAAUUUGUUAUACUAUUUGUUGUGUUGAUCUACUAGCAAGUGUCAGUCCAGUAAUGCUAUUUGUCCCAAAUUCCCAACUAGGAAUUUGGUUUUCUU